AUGAGUUUGCAGAUCAUCACCACCGGCACGGACAUCGGCUACAACACGUUUGGCGACCGCGCUGUCAAGAACGCCUUCCCUGACAUCAGACUCUAUGACAACCUGAGCACCUAUGCGGGCAAGGAUGCCGGGAAGCUGAACCAGGAGGGCUACUGCAACACCGUGCUGGGGUACGAGGCUGCAGGGCAGGCCUUGGCGGGCAGCGGCAACGUCGCAGCUGGCUACAGGGCUGCGUACUUGACCCAGGGCAACGAGAACGUAUUUGUGGGCAACCUGUCGGGUACAGUGGCCGUGAUGACAGCGCCAACGUGGCGUGUGCUCAUAGGCUUCUGCAACACCGUGAGCAGCGGCGGCGCACUGAGCCUGCUCAACGUCAACAUAGGCUCGCUGGGGCAGACCUCCGGCCGCCUCAACACCGCCCUUGGCUACAGCAACAGCGCGCGCGGCCGGAACAACGUGCUGCUGGGCGCCAACGUGGCUUGCAGCAGGAGCAACAACGUGCUGCUGGGAGCGGGCACCCCGUGCUCGGGCUCCGGGAACAUCAUCAUGGGCGGCUCAAACAGCGACGUGUCUGCGAUCAGCUGCCUAGUGCUGCGCUCCCCGUGCCUGCCUGCCAUGUCCAACACCACGGACGGCUACAUCAACAUCAUGGACUUCCUGACCCGCACCCGCGGCAACGUCUCGCUCACCGGCGACACGCUCAAGCUCUCCACCACCCGAGGCUGCGUGAUCGCCAUGAACGACCAGGAUGUGACCAUCAGCCCGCGCAGCAUGCUGCUGGUGGACGGCCCCGCCCGCUUCAACGCGCCUGUGACGCUGCAGCAGUCCUUUGACCUGUUUGGCGAUUUGGAUGUGGGAGGCGCCAUCCACCUGAACCGUGGCGCCCGACGCUUCUGGACCAUAGACAUCAUGCAGCGGCCCGAGUACAGGGGCGUGGCUGCCGACCUGGUCUUCCGCUCCCGUAACAACACCGAGUGCAGCUUCACGGAUGAUUUCAUCCCGGACAUGCUCAACUUCACCGGCAGGCACAGGGCGCGUGUCGCAGACAGCUGCCCGGCGCUGAAGCCCGGCAUGCUGGUGGUGGCCACGGGAUGCUACGGCAACCUGGAGGGCGAGGCCGACCCCAGCAUCGACGAGGCGAUUCCUGUGGUGGACGUGGCGAGGGAGCCCGGCGACCCGCGCGUGUUUGGAGUGGUGGCUGCCGUGGAGCCGUCGGACGCGGCACACCAUAGCUACCGCCUGGGCAACCUAGCAUUCACGAUGGACUGCAGGAGCCCGCGCGUGGUCGUCAACUCUGUGGGCGAGGGCGGCAUCCUCACCUGCUGGUUUCCUCUCCGGUGCCGGACAUCCAACGUCGAUGUGGGUGCCAGCAUCAUGACCGUCCAUGCCGGUGACAGCACCCUGGCCAUGUCGCCCAGCAACAUCACCGCCGCCUCGAAGAGCAACAUGACCCUGAGCGCUGCCGACCAGAUCUUCAUCAACAGCCGCGGCCUGAGCAUCACAACCGACACCAUGCAGCUGAAGCAGCAGGACCUGUCCCUGACCGCUAGCGGCUACCUGCUGGUAGCUGGUGGCAGCCAGGUCCUGCUGCAGUCGGGCAGCAACAUGGUGAAGGUCACUCCUACCUCCGCCCUGCUGCAGACGGUGCAGGGCGACAUGACCGUCAGCGCCUGCAACAGCCUGGCCGUGGCUGCAGCCAGCAACGUCACCAUCGCCUCGAGCAACUACGCCCUGACCGCCGGCGCCGUCACCGUGCAGUCGGCCACCGCCGUCAGCACAUCAGCCGCGCUCAUCUCCAGCAUCAGCUCCAGCCAGGUGCUGCUGCAGAGCGGCCCCAACUCCUUCAGCGUCACCCCCAGCAACGCCACGGUAUACUCCAGGAACAUUGCGUCCGUCGUGGGCGACAGCCAGGUCAGCCUCCGCUUGGGCAGCAACUACGUGAUUGUGACGCCCAGCAACGUCGCAUCGUAUGCCACCAGCGUGCUCUCGAGCGUGGGCGACAGCCAGGUGCUGCUGCGGUCCGCCAGCAACUUUGUGUCGCUGACCCCCUCGGCCAUCAGCCUCAGCUCGACCAGCAACCUGAGCAUGACCUCCAGCUCCAACGUCACCAUGACCACCACAAAUGUAGAUGUGACAGGCUCGGCUCUUGUGAAAAUCGGCAACAGCAAUGUCGCCGUCCAGGUACCGUACCCACCAGCACCGCUGACUGGAACUACAACUACACUGUCGGGUCAGAGCUACGGCAACGGCACGUACAUCAUCAGCGCCACCUCAUCAGUCAUGAACCUCGAACGGGCUUUCGACCGUAACCUCAAUACCUCAACCUACGGCAGCAGCCUUUACUAUAAUGUGGAUAGCCGAGCAAGUGGUCUAGUCUCAAUGAAAAUUGACGGAAAUGAUUACAGAGGAGAAUGGUAUGGCCUUCAGCUGCCGUCUGCCGUGAUUGCAUCAUCCUACAGCUUUGCAUGGGCGGGAGUGUUCAAGGUAGACUCAUGGAUCCUUGCAGCAUCGACAGAUGGAGCAACCUGGGUUGUGCUGGACAACAAAGACCAGAUCAACAACACCCUACUGCCAGGCGUGAGCACUCUAGCCACCUUGUCACUUCCAGGAACAACCUCUUACAAGUACUAUCGGUUGCUAGUGACAAAGCUCGUGAGCGGUGCUACCCUUGGCAUUGCGGAGUUCAGCAUCAAUGUGUCGCAGGCCAGUCCAAGUUCAACGCUCACGCUUGCGCCCGCAACCACAUCGCUGACUGCGGGCAUGGACAUGCUCAUCACGGCCUCCAACAACAUGACCGUGACAUCCCUGCAGGCCAUGAGCGUCAGCGCGUGCAACAGCCUGGCCAUGUCCACGGCCUGCAACAUGAGCCUCACGGUGGGCAGGGACGUGACAGCCACAGCCUGCAACGUGUCCAUCACCGCGGCAGGCACCAGAUCCAUCAGUGCGACCGGCACCCUGCAAGCCGUGAGCGCCCAGUCGGUGACCGCCCGGUCUGGCUCCAAUGCGCUGUUUGUGUCGCCAUUGGUGACCGAGGUCCGGGCAGUGGUGGGCGACUACCGUGUGGGCACCAGCAACUCGGUGCUGGUAGACAUGGCCAACACCUUCCGCCUGCGUGCUGCCACCCUGGACAUGGGCCUCAGCAACGACGCCAUCGUCACGGCGCGCGGCAAUGUCACCAUCACCUCGGGAGACGUGCUCACUGCCACCUCCUCCAACGCUGCUAUUGUUCGCUCCGGUUCCAACCUGCUGACCAUCGCCAAGGACAGCUCCCUGUUCCAGACGUGCACGGGCGACAUGAUGCUGGUGUGCGGCCCCAGCGGCGGCCCGGGUGCCGCGAGCGUGAUCCUGGACUCGUCCGCCACCUAUGGUGUCAACAUCAAGUCCGCUGCCUCCAACGGCACGGACUCGGUGUACCUGCAGCUCGCCUCCUCCAACCUCACCGCCGUCGCCACGGGGGCGCACAUGUUCUACGUGGGCGACACGUCCAACGGCAUGCCCAACCUGUGGGUGACCGACGCAGAGAACCGGUACCGUUCCAGCGAGCACCACUUCUUCAUCGGCGACACCGCCGACCCGGCUGCAGUGCGCAUGUACAAGGACGCGACGGGCAGCAACGUCCUGAUGGUGCGCGGGCGCAUCGACAUGCAGGGCGGUGUCAACUCGGUCACCACCACCAAUCUGGACAUCAUGGACAAGCAGAUCACGCUGGCCAAGGUGCCCGAGGGCGACGCCACUCCCGCCGAUGGUGUGGCAAACACCCUCUCGGGCAUCCUGGUGUCGGGUAUCCCCCUGAACGCCAGCUUCAGCAAUGCCCCCAACCCGGCCGACAUUGAGGACAUGACCCCGCGCUUCUACGAGAAGUCCAUGCUGUGGCACAACGGCACGCAGGGCAUGGACAAGCUUGGCUCUCAGGCCGGCGUCAGCUGGCUGCAGGGCAUGGUGAACGAGAGCUACUGGCAGGUGCGCGGUGGCCACCUGCAGCUGGCCAUGACCCAGCAGGUCGGUAACGCUGUGCGUGACAUUGCCUUCGGCUUCCGCAUCAAUGAGCGCGGCGAGCUGGAGCUGUUCAAGUGCAGCUGGGACCCCACAGCUGCCAACGGCGGCCCUCACCCGCCGCAUCGCGCGCUGGGGUAA